AUGGGAUGCGAAGUUCCCAUCUUCGGCGCCGGAGCCAAGUAUUGCGAGCGAUGUACCAUCACCCUGUCCUUGAGUCUCGAUGCGACCCGAACCACCAUGCGAUCGCGGAAGAACAUCGCUCAAGCAGUUGACAUCGUGGAAGUCCUGUCAUCCGACGAAGAACGGGAACAGCUACGACUCCAGCAAAUCGAAAACGCCGAGGAGAUCAGCGACGACGAUAUGGACGCGUCUUCGGACGAAGAGUUGUCGGACGAUCUUCGCACGGACGACCUCCGUGUCCUAGCUACCGAUGGCGAUGGAGUAUUUCGCGCGCAAGUUGACAACCGUAACAUUCUCCGAUCAAGGACGUUUGCACGGUAUCGCUUCCGAAUCAACGAUUUUCCCAUUUCCACUCCAUUGGUACCCGCGAGUGCUGUACCUGCAGGUGCAUCAUCGACCUCCGUCCCGGAAUCGACCACCAUCAUCACAAACCAUACGUCCCAUGGCAGGGGCAAGAAGCGUCCAAUCGUUACAUCGACCACGCCAACCAAGAAGAAGGCAUCGUCCAAGAAGCCUGCAUCAGCGUACCAAGGUGCGAUCGACCCUGCCUUGUUGCAUUACAUUCAAAACCCCGAGGACUAUGCUGCAAGCGAAUACGAGAGCAGCGCUAACGACGCUGACGACAAUGACGCCGACAACUUGAUCGACCUCGCACACAGCGACGGCAGUGCCACCGAGGACGAGGAGUACGGAGCCAGAAACAGACGGCGGCGGCAGCACCCUGCGGUCCCCGACGAGCCGUGCUUCAUCUGCGAGAGCCGCAGCGCGCCCAACGGCGGCAGGUCCAUGCGCGUGCAAUGCCCCGACUGCGAAGGUAUCUACCAUCGCUCUUGUGCCGACGCCCACGACGGCAACCAAACGGGGUGUCUCCAGUGUGCAGACGACGACCUGAUCGACGACAGCGAGCUCACCGAGGCCGAUUUGGCCACGACAUCGCAUGUAUUUGGCGCGUUUCACGUCAAGGACGAGCCGGACCCGACAUCCUCUGCGGACAGUUUACCCCCCGCGAGCCACCUGUCGCCGUCCCGACUCGACGACGACGACGCCGACGACGACAUGGUGGACAGCGGAACGCUGCCGGACGUUGUACCCGACGCGUCCCACGUCAAGCAGACGAUUCUGGACGGAUGGAAGAAGUUCCUGGACAUUCACACGGCGGCGUUCGACGCGGAUUUCGUCGCGGCCACCCGCGCCAUCGAAGCCGCCAACGGGUUCCAAACCACCCUCGAGUCUGAUUUGCACAAGUUGUUUCAGCAUUACACGACCGAGCAAGCCAAAGCCGAAGAGCUCGAGCGCACGCAGGCGGCGGCGGCUGCCUCUUCAAUCGGCGCGGCGUCGUCCUCUCCGUGUAAAAGUGCGGUGCACGAUGAGGCCAGUCCACCCGACACGUCGAUCGAAGCCAACGGCCACGAAAUCCAUCACGAUGACACGGCGGCGGCGGCGACUUGUCCAGAGGAAGCGACCAUUGAUCUUACAAGCGACAAUGACGACGAAGAUGAAGUUGUCGAGGUGUGUGGAACGCUUCCGUCGGCAAGUCCGGCCGUGGCUAUCAACGCCACCAGUGUUAAGCCCCAUAGUGUCAGUCCAACCAACACAGUCGGUCGGCCUCCCGACGCGGACGCCAAUGUCGCCUUCGUACGUAACCAGCCCCCCCCCGACAUAUCGGAUCUACCUCCGAAGAAAGCCAAGCGACGGAUUCCGCUUGUGAGUGUUGUCCCAUCCCGUCCUCUGCAACCCAAAGCCCGGCCGCAAGACCCCCGUCGACCGCUCUCGACGGUCGUUGCUGCGUCGGCAUCUCCACCACUCCCUUGACGACCACGACCACGACGUUAUGAGUAGUCUAAUACAGUCACCCUUUGCUUUGAUUGGGUGGUCUACAUAUUAGCACAGUUAUUGCACUGUGAACAUGACCAAGGUUAAGCCAA